AUGACCCUUAGCUCGGAGAUGUCCGAGGCAUCGACGCUGGCUGAAGAGACCGACAUCGAUGUGGUGGGCGAUGAAGACGACCAGGAGGACGACGAGGAGCCACGGAUCCGCCGCCGCCGCUCCUACGCCGAGGACGAGGAGGAGGACGAGGACGACGACGAGGAAGAGGACGAGGAGGAUGUGGGCGACCUCCACGCCGCCGCCCUGCUGCCGCGGUCGCCCGUGCGCGGCGAAGGCGUAGGUGGCGGCGGCGGCGGGGCGGGCGGCGGGGACGCUGCCGGUGGCUCUCGGCCCCCCUCGCGAGGUGGCCCGCAGAAGGCGACAGCGGGUGGUGGCGGGGCGGGAGGCGGCGGCGGCGGCGGCGGCGGGGCGGGCAGCGGCGGCGGCAAGAACAGCCUGGUGAAGCCGCCCUACUCCUACAUCGCUCUCAUUACCAUGGCCAUCCUGCAGAGCCCCAAGAAGAGGCUGACGCUAAGCGAGAUCUGCGAGUUCAUCAGCGGGCGCUUUCCCUACUACCGGGAGAAGUUCCCUGCGUGGCAGAAUAGUAUCCGCCACAACCUCUCCCUCAACGACUGCUUCGUCAAGAUCCCCCGGGAGCCCGGCAAUCCUGGCAAGGGUAACUACUGGACGCUUGACCCCGAAUCCGCCGACAUGUUCGACAACGGGAGCUUCCUGCGCCGCCGAAAGCGCUUCAAGCGGCAGCAGCUCCCGGCGCCCGAGCUUCUGCUGCGCGCCGUGGACCCCGCCGCCUUCCUCCCGCAGCCUCCGCCGCAGCCCCCGCAGCAGCCGCCCUGCGCCUACGGACCCUACGGCUGCGGCUACGGUCUCCAGCUCCAGGCUUACCACCCCCACUCCGCCCUCUUCGCCUUCCACCACCCCUCUCCGCCGCCUCGCCAGCCCCCUGCCGCCCCCGGCAGCGCCCCCGGUGCGGCGCUGCCCCCCGCCGCCGCCGCGCCACCGGGCCCCUUGCUGUCGGCGGCGGAGCUGGCACGGACGCCCUUCGGCUACGCUCACCCGCUGGGCCCGGCGCUGGCGGCCUCGCUGCACUCCGCCAAGCCCGGCAGCGGCGCGGCGCUGGCCCGCUCGCCCUUCUCCAUCGAGAGCAUCAUCGGGGGAAGCCCCGGCCCCGGCGCGGGCAGCAGCUGUGCCUCGCAGUCGACCGCGGCGCCGGGGCUGGCCCGCUCGCUGGGGAGCGCCGGGAGUGGCCUGCCCCCCGCCGCCGCCCUGCCCGCCACCCCCGGCUUCGCGGCACGGAUCUCUAACUGUUAAGUGUUUGGGAGUCUUUCCGAAGGUAGGAUCUGGGGUAUCUCCUUUCUGCGCCGCUCGGACGCCCGGCGGACGCUGCCCGUAGGGGCUGCCUGUCUUUGCGUGGGGAUAAUUGUGACGGGGCUCGGGGGCCGUCCGCCGCAAGAGACGGACCUCCCGUGACCUUCACUAGUGCAAAGCCAGGUGUAGAUCUAGAUACUGCACGGGCAGGCGGUCACUACAUCGGAAAGUUACUCGCUACUCCUUAAAAAAACAAACAUGGUGAUAAAUAAUGUCUCUAAACCGCUAAAGUUCAGAGAUUCUCAGGUCUAGGAGUUUGAAAACAGUAAUGUACAGGAGAAAAAAAAGGCUUGAGGGAGGACAGCAGAGCAAUACUUUUUCAUUUAGUACACUUGUCUCAUGUACUUUUAUAAAAGAAAAGAUUAACGUGUUUACACAGAAGAAAUUCAAGAUUAUCAUUUCUUAUUUUAACCUGUGUUUUGUAUUAUAAUAGACUUACGGAGUUUUUUAUUUUGUACUUUAUGCAUAUUCUUUACAAGGAAUAUUGUUAAAAUUACUGGCAAGUAUUAUUGUACCAUUUUAAUGUAAAUUUUUUACACAUUUCAAAAAUAAAAUUUAUCAUUUUCAAAAAAAAAAAAAAAAAAAAAAAAAUCGAAACCAAACCCAAAGACCAAAGGAGCCCAGCCAAACAAUUGGCUUUGGAUCCUUCCCUCCUUAGCAUUUCUCCUUUCUUUGAGACACUGAUAUUUUUUUCUUUGGGAUUAAUAGCACAAUAGUCAAGGAAUAUUCUAGCUUGAAAUUUAUUAUGCACAGAUUUGACCGCAAAGAAGAAAAUAAAAUUACGAUCUUUGCAGUCAAUGCAUUGUUAACCGUAGCAGAUAAAGAAUAACAAAAAACCCAAACAAACGAAACAAUAAAAAAAAAAACAAAACAAAAAACCCCACACAACACCAACAAUAAACCUCCAACAAAACACAAAAACACUCUACAAAAACAACAGGAACGAAAGAGGGGAUAAAUAGAAAUAGGUCUCUCUGGAGUGAGUAAAGCCCAGUUCUGUAAGGCACCGAUCAGGGGAUUGAUUAAAAAGCCGGUUUAAAACUAUUUUUAUACUUUCAGGUGUGUUUUAAAUCACAACUGCAUCAUAGUUUGGUUUCCAAGAGGCCCAAAGGAAAAUACCACUCAAUAAAGGGCAUACAUUGAACUUCAGAGAGAUUUGUUCUAGACACUUAUGUUUCUGUGAUGAUAAUAGUGGCAUGUGUUUCUACUUUUCAAUACAUAAAAUAUAAAAUGCACUUCGUAAUAUCAUCGUGUGAUGAGUUGAUUAAGUUUAUAAGCUGUCGAAGUAAGGAUAUUUAAAUGUACAAAACAAACCAUGAAAGCAGCUUUUCUCAUUCCAAACACUCGUUUUUAACAGCAUAAGGUCCAUAGAUAUCUAUUUUAAAGGGUAAAAAAAUCCGGCCUCAAAUAUUCAGACCUUUUAUAUGGAAAAGAGAAUCGCAUGUUUUAAGAGUAGGCGUGUGAAUGUUGUGGGCUAGAAAUACGCAUUUUUCAAACCAGGGAGGCGCUUUUCAACUACGAAUGUAUUUAUAACAAUUUAGGAGACUCGGGGAUCAAAUAUGUGAAUUUUCAUAAUAAAAAAAUAAUAAUGAGGGAGGGAUGCCUUUUAGUGCUCUUUGGAAUGAGGAGGGGUUUUACAUGUAGAAUUAUUUCGUCGCCUGGGUUUUAAAUAUUCUCAUAAAUGGAAAAGUGGUGCUUCUCCGUUUUUUUUUUUUUUUUUUUUUUUUUUUUUUUUUUUUUUUUUUUAACAAUGCUGUGUUAAAAUAGUGGGCUUCAAAAACCAGAAAGAGUGGACAUAAGAUCUCUGCUGGGCUCCAUUUGCACUCUGGAGCUGAAAGGCCUCUUUGGAUAUUCCUGGUUCUUAUCAGAAAAAGAAGUAAAGUCCGUUCUAAUUUCUAAAACAAAAGGGAAAAUACCCCCGAGGCACCGUGUACGUAUUCUCCGGAGAGAGUGAAUAUUUUUCACGAGAGACCGAUUAAUUCACUUUCCCCCGGUCUGGCCAGGGGAUGUGCCGGGCCGACACGGGCCGGUGCAGCGCGGAGUACCGAGCUAAGCUGAGGCCUCCCUCGAAGAAACAGAUAAAAUCAAGCAGGGAAAUGUUUUGCGGGAGAGAAGGCAGCUGUGGCCUUGCGGCGGUGCGAGGCUCCCCGAGAAGGGAUGCUGCUUGCCCUCAGUUUGGGUUCUGUCUGCUCGAGUCUUAGAGAUCUCCACGAGCAGUUACAUGAGAAGGCGAUCCACCCUGUGUUUGUUUCUCUUGGCUUCUCCACAGUUGAUCCCGGGGAGCCUGGCGACCUCCCCCACGCAGAGUCUAGCCCGGCCCACGCCGGUGGACAGUGGGGUCUGAGUGUGCGAACUGCCCGUCCCUCAGGUCUUCUCAUAGGUAUAUAGCAAGCAAACUGCUCGGCCACUUGUUCCUUCCACGUUUCUCACCGGUUGCCUCCAUCCGUGCGGACAAGAUCUUCCUUUGGGAGUUUCUAGGGAAGGUUACAGGAGCAAAUUGCAGUAGGUGAUAUAGAUUU